CACUGAAUAGAAUAUAGGACCGCUACUUUGUGGAUCAGUUUUCUAUAUUGCCGGUUUAUCUGAUUUUUCCGAUAGAAAAUCAUUAUCUCGAGUGGAAAGUGAUUGAUUCAGCCGCCGGUAAACAUUGCGUCCGAACUUUGGACGGCGCUACGAAUCAGCUGGUCGGGUCGGUCAAAGUCCAACUUGUUGCACCGAUCUUGGUUUGUUGUGUUUGCUGAAGCAGCGUAAACACAACAACACACUUAUAUAUAUUUAUAUAUAAACCAGAUUUGUGCACUUUUCCUGCUCUACUAAAAACGGUUAUUUUUGGCCUAAAAGAAGAUGUCUGCUCUUCUAAAAAUGCACAGAGCCCGGCGGCUCUUCACGCCCGCCUUGGUGCGCAGCGUAUCGGAGGCAGCCAAGUAUCCUAGGAUCACCACACAUUACACGCUGAAUCCCCGCGAGAAGGAUGAGCGGUGGACAGAAGUGGACAUGGAGCGGUGCAUAGAGGAGGUGGAUCUGGUUAUCGUGGGCGGCGGACCGGCUGGCAUGUCGGCGGCCAUUCGCGCCAAGCAGCUGGCGGCGGAAAAGGAUCAGGAAAUCCGCGUUUGCGUUGUGGAAAAAUCCGCCGAGGUGGGCGGACACAUUCUAUCCGGUGCCGUCAUCGAUCCCAUCUCGCUGAACGAACUCAUACCAGACUGGCAAGAGCAGGGCGCUCCGCUAAACACGCCCGUGACCAAGGACACCUUCUCCUUCCUCACUGGCAGCGGACGCAUCUCCAUUCCCGUCUUCAAGGGCUGGCCCAUGGACAAUCACGGUAACUAUGUUGUGCGCUUGGGUCACCUGGUCAAGUGGCUCGGCGACCAGGCUGAAGCUCUGGGCGUAGAGAUCUAUCCCGGCUGCGCUGCGUCCGAGGUGCUGUUCCACGAGGAUGGCAGCGUAAAAGGCAUCGCCACCAAUGAUGUCGGCAUUGCCAAGAGCGGAGCGCCGAAAGACACUUUUGCGCGAGGCAUGGAGCUGCACGCAAAGACCACCAUCUUCGCUGAGGGCUGCCGCGGCCACCUGACCAAGCAAAUUAUGCAGAAGUUCGGCCUGAACGAGGGUAGCGAGCCUCAGACCUAUGGAAUCGGUCUGAAGGAGGUCUGGGAGAUUGACGCCGAGAAGCAUCAACCCGGUUUGGUGGAGCACACCAUUGGCUGGCCUUUGGAUCGCUUCACCUAUGGCGGCUCCUUCCUGUACCAUUUGAACGAACCCACGCCCACCAUCGCUGUGGGCUUUGUGGUUGGCCUGAACUACAAGAACCCGUGGCUCAGUCCCUUCCAGGAGUUCCAGCGCUUCAAGACGCAUCCCAAGGUGCGUCAUGUCUUUGAGGGCGCCACCCGCAUUGCCUACGGAGCCCGUGCCAUCAACGAGGGCGGCUUCCAGAGCCUGCCAAAGAAGCUGUCCUUCCCCGGCGGCUGUCUGGUGGGCUGCAGCGCUGGCUUCCUGAACGUGCCUCGCAUCAAGGGCUCCCACUAUGCCAUGAAGAGCGGCAUGCUGGCUGCGGAGAGUGCCUUUGAGGCCAUCAAUGCGGACGCACAGUCGACGGCGGGCGUGGAACCUACAAGCUAUGCGGAAAAGAUCAAGGACUCCUUUGUGUGGAAGGACCUUUACAGCGUGCGCAACGUCCACCCCUCGUUCCACAAUCCCUUGGGCCUGUACGGCGGCUUGGUGCUCAGCGGCUUCUCCAUCUUCAUGGGCGGCCGUGAGCCCUGGACCCUGAAGCACGGUCCCCAGGAUCACGAGUCCCUGCAGCCGGCUAGCUCUAGCCAGCCCAUUGUAUACCCCAAGCCCGAUGGCAAGAUCUCCUUCGACCUGCUCUCGUCGGUGGCGCUGACGGGCACCAACCACGAAGGCGACCAGCCGGCUCACCUGACGCUGAAGGAUGACCGCAUACCCGUGGACCACAAUCUGGCGCUGUACGAGGGCCCCGAGCAGCGCUUCUGUCCCGCCGGCGUCUACGAGUACGUGCCCAAUGAGGAGGGCGGCAACCUGAAGCUGCAGAUCAACGCCCAGAACUGCAUCCAUUGCAAGACCUGUGAUAUCAAGGACCCCAAGCAGAACAUCAACUGGGUGGUGCCCGAGGGCGGCGGCGGCCCCGCCUACAACGGCAUGUAAUGGUGAUCCCGCCAAUAUAUCGUGUACCGCAAUUGCAUUUCGCUAGUUUGUAAAAUUGAAAUUGUACAUCGGAAUUUAAGCUCAAAGUUGCAAUAAAAAUUAUAGAGAGAAA